AUGAAGCUUUUGUCUGUCAUCUUCUGGGCAACGGCUGGUUUGGCGGGCCUACAGAUGUCUGCUUCAUCUCCUGACAGCAUUGUAGACCGUUCAUCCAUGAACCUUUCGUCUGUCCCAACAGACCUGCCACAAACAGCCGAAUAUCUCGACCUUUCAUGCAACCACAUACACCAGCUCCACAAAGGAGACUUUAGAAACGUCACCCUCCUAAGUCUCUUAAAUGUGUCUUGGAACGGUUUGGAGCUGAUCGAUGCAGAGACGUUUGUGGACACGCCACACUUGAAACAUCUGGAUCUGUCACACAAUACGCUGAAGAACCUGUCAGGUCAACGGUACCUGCUACACACAGGAAACCUUGUGGUGCUAAACCUAGCCUGGAACAAGUUUCUGAACAUGACGCUGGGUAUGGAGUUCACUUUUCUGGUAAAACUGAAGAAUCUGACACUUGGAGCAAAAAGCAUCCUUGUAGGUGAUUUUAAGAACGUUGUUGGAGUAAAACUACAAAGCUUGAGCCUUUCCUUGGAGGAGGAACAUGAUUAUGAAGAAGGCAGCCUGAUGGACGUCCAUGCUCAAAGCCUUAAUAUCCACUUCAGUAAAGGAAAAAUAAUUCACAGUGAUCUGAUUGCUGAUGCCUUGUCUCUCUUUGUUGAUGUAGAGCUUAAGAAUUUGACAGGAGGCUACAAAAAUUUAACAAAGCAGCUUAGUGAGGUUGCAGAAAUCCGCACGACUCGUCUUUCUCUCAACAGCAUACAGAUUAUUUGGAAAGACUUGACUGAAUGUGUCAAUGCCGUUCUGCGUACCUCUAUUUCCCAUAUGAGCACCGAUGAGUUCGCUAUUACAGAACCACCCAUUUUUGACACCAAAGUGACCGAGACAUCUACCAUGAAGUCCUUCACUGUCAGGCAAGGAGUGGUAAAGUCUUUCUUCUUUUCUCAGGAAGCCGUGUACAAUUUUUUUAUCAACAUGCCAGUAAAGUAUCUAACAGUAGCAGAGACUUCAAUCAUACACAUGACUUGCCCAAAGAAACAGAGUCCUAUCCUCGAGCUUGAUUUCUCCUACUGCGCUCUGUACGAUUCCAUUUUUUCCAGACUGGAAGGUCAGAAAACCAUAGAAUGUGAGACUCUGAGCAACUUAACAACGUUGUCUCUCCUAAGUAACAAUCUGAAGAACCUUCAGUUACUGAGUAAGCGUCUAAAAUACAUGGUUUCACUGCAACAGCUGGACCUUAGUGUCAACUCUCUGCUUUAUGAUGGUGUGUCUGAGUGUUUGUGGCCACCAAAUAUCAGGGUUAUGAACAUUUCCUCUGGAGGCUUGACAGACUCCAUCUUUAAUUGUCUACCAAAUGGUGUAGAAAUACUGGACCUGCAGAACAACCAGAUUUCUGUGGUGCCGCCAAUCAUCUAUCAACUCAAAAACCUUGUUUCCUUGAAUCUAAAUGCUAAUAGGCUACGAGAUCUGCCAUCAUGCGAUAACUUUCCCGUGCUGACAGAGAUUCUUCUGAAGUCAAACUCCCUCCAUGCCCCCUCACGUAGCAAGUUGGAAAGCUGCUCCAAUCUAAAAACCCUGGAUGCUAGUCUCAACCCGUUCGCCUGUACCUGUGCUCUGAGGGAUUUCAUUAGCUUUGGCAUUAAGGCUGAAAAUAAAAGCGGUCACAUGGGUAUUAAACUGUUGAGUUGGCCACAUGGCUACUACUGCUUCUAUCCAGAGACACUUAGAGACUCCAUGUUGAAAGGCUUCUGGAUCUCUGAGAUCUCCUGCAACACUAGCCUCCUAGCAGUCACCAUAUUGGUCCCUGUAGUGGUGUUGAUCAUCACAGUUUUCUUUCUGUGCCAACAUCUUGACGUUCCCUGGUACAUGGGCAUGAUCUGGCAGUGGACCAGAGCCAAACAUAGGGCGAGAAUGCGACAAGUUCGACCAGAAGAUCUGAUGAGUGUCGAGUAUCAUGCUUUUGUGUCCUACAGCCAGCAUGAUGGAGACUGGGUGAAGAACUGCCUCAUUCCUAACCUUGAAGGUCCUGCAGGAGGGCUCAGAAUCUGCCACCAUGAGAAAAACUUUGUGCCAGGAAAAUCAAUCGUUGAGAACAUCAUCAACUGUGUGGAGAAAAGUCGCUGCUCUGUAUUUGUGCUCUCCGCUCAUUUCAUUAAAAGUGAAUGGUGCCAUUAUGAGCUGUACUUUGCCAGCCACCAACGACUGUCUCUGGACUCGGACAACAUUGUCCUGGUGUUGCUUGAGCCUCUGCCCCAAUACCUGAUCCCAUCCAAGUACUACCAGCUCAAGGCCAUGAUGAACCGCCACACUUAUCUGGAAUGGCCUCAGGACAGAGCUAAACACAGGCUGUUCUGGGCUAACCUCAGAGCUGCCCUACAGGCUGACCUGCCAAAUGAACUAGUCUCAGAGUUAUCUGAGUGA